CUCGCUCCUGCUCUCUCUGCUCUCUGACCCCAGUGGCAGCUCCGACUCACUGCACUCCGGCUCCCCCUCCGUCAGACCGAGGCUGCGCUCUCUCUCUCUGUUGUCUGUCAGUGUCUCUCACCCUCCUCUCCGGCUCUCUCUCCUCGCUCUCUUGUCUGGUUUCUGUCCACAGGAGCCAGCCGAGGUCCCGCCGGGUCGAAGGUUCUUGCCCUACCCGCCCCAGACUGCCGCAAGACUUCCGGACGGCCGCGUACGAACCUGCCUCGCUGCCCUUGCUGCUGCCGCAUGGACCCGCGUCCCUCCGCCGCCGCCGCUGCUGCUGCUGCUGCCGCCGCCGCCGCCGCGUAGAGGGCGACCCCGACCCGACACUCUUUCUCCGGCCAGAUUAAAAAAAAAAACGCACAAAAGCCCCCCCACACCAAAAAGGAGGUCUGGUAUAUAAAGCCUGUCAAGCCCACAGUGGCCACUUUACUAUCAGUCAGGGAGGUCAGACAGGAGGGAGGCUCAGGGAGCAAGGGGGACACACAGCCAAGCCCGACUGCAGCGUGUCGUGGUCGAGUCGGUCGGCCGGGGCGCUGCUGCCGCUGCUGCUGGGAGACUUCCUGGGCUUCUUUAGCGGCUCUGAAGGAUGACUGCUGCACGGCUCGCUGCUGAAUCCCGGUGAACGAACGGCGUCUCAUGUCCAAACGGCGGAAGGAUGGCUCAUGGCAAAGUGACCAUCACGGUGGACGAGUACAGCUCCAACCCCACGCAGGCCUUCACACACUACAACAUCAACCAGAGCCGCUUCCAACCUCCACACGUCCACAUGGUGGACCCCAUUCCGUAUGACACUCCCAAACCGGCGGGACACACCAGGUUCGUGUGCGUUUCUGACACACACUCGCGCACAGACGGCAUCCAGAUGCCCUACGGCGAUGUGCUGCUGCACAUGGGCGACUUCACCGAGCUGGGCCUGCCGUCCGAGGUUAAGAAGUUCAACGACUGGCUAGGUGGCCUUCCAUACGAAUUUAAAGUGGUGAUCGCCGGGAACCACGAGCUGACCUUUGAUAAGGACUUUAUGGCUGAGCUGGUUAAGCAGGAUUACUACCGAUUCCCCUCAGUCUCCAAACUCAAACCAGAGGACUUUGACAAUGUCCAGUCGCUCCUCACAAACUGUGUGUACCUGCAGGACUCGGACGUCACCAUAAAGGGAUUCCGGAUAUACGGGACGCCAUGGACUCCGUGGUUUAACGGCUGGGGGUUCAACCUGCCUCGGGGUCAGUCUCUGCUGGAUAAAUGGAACCUCGUCCCCGAAGGCAUCGACAUCCUGAUGACCCACGGACCUCCGCUCGGUUUCCGAGACUGGGUUCCUAAAGAGCUGCAGCGGGUCGGCUGCGUGGAGCUGCUCAACACGGUCCAGAAGAGGGUGCGACCCAAACUUCACGCCUUCGGAGGCAUACACGAAGGCUACGGGAUCAUGACGGACGGUUACACGACGUUCAUCAACGCGUCGACCUGCACUGUCAGCUUCCAGCCCACCAACCCCCCCAUCGUGUUCGACCUGCCCAACCCCUCCAGCUCCUGAGACCAGAGGACGUGGGGGCGGGGAGGGUCGCGGGCCGGAUAAACUACUUUUUUUCUAUAAAUAUGUCAAGUUUAAAAAAAAAAAAAAAAAAAUUCUAAGUGUUUCUUU